AUGACGAGAACGGCGAACGCUGUGGAUCUAUAUGAAGUCCUGUCUCUCUCAUUCACAGGGUCUUCGUCGACAGUUCUCUCCAAGCAGCAGAUCAAGAUCGCAUACCAUAAAGCAUUGCUACAACACCAUCCUGACAAGGCGGGUGCUGUCGCAAGGGAGACCGGGCUAGGCAGAUCGACUAACUCUACAUCUGCAUCUACUCCGAACCAUCUCUCUGCCAGCUCCGAUGGCAACUCAUCGCGACAACUGUACACCAUCGACCAGAUUACCACCGCCUACAAGACCCUAUCGGACCCCGUCCUCCGCUCCGAAUAUGAUCGCUCUCUACGUCUGGACAGACUGAAGGUUGCGGAACGGGAGAAAACCGGCGAUGUGUUCCACACUGGCUUGGAGAUUGUGGAUUUGGAGGAUCUUGACUGCGAGAAGGCAGAGGGCGGCGACGGCGACUGCUGGUUUCGCGGAUGUCGGUGCGGUGAUGAGCGCGGGUUCUUGGUCAGCGAGGAGGAUUUGGAGAGGGAGGCAGAGCAUGGCGAGAUCAUUAUCGGGUGUCGCGGAUGCAGUCUUUGGUUGAAGAUUCUCUUUGCGGUCGAGGCAGAUGAAGGAUGA